ACAUUUUCUGUGACUUGUAAUCUCGGUGGCGUGGUCCUGUCUCUCUCUCUCCCCUCUCCCUCACAGUCUCCACCGUUUAUUCUUUAAUUUCUGUUCUGACCAUGUGCGCGCUUUCCAUGUGGUGAAAGAAACAUUUUAUUGCUUGUUACGACUAAUGUUGACGUUUGUUAAUGAAUGAAAGGUAAUUAUCGAAAUCGAUAAAGUUAUACCAGUUAUUUAAACAUGGUGAGGAUAUCAGAAGUUGAGGAGGAAGAACAUGUUUUGAAACCUACGAGUAACGAAUUCAAUGCAUCUGAAAGCUCCUGUGCAAAAAUUAAUAAGAAUGAAGGAAUUGUUGCUCUUGGGGAUUCUCCGCUGAAAAACGAUGAUAAUGUAGACAAUGAUGAGGAGGAGGAGAACGACGACGACGACGACGAUCAUGAUGAUGAUAAUAGUGUUGAGGAUUCAUCAGAAGAAAUAGACACAAGUAAUGAAGAUGCAAUGGAAGAAAAUGGUGAUGGUGAUAGUUAUUACAGUGAUAAUGAAGAAAGUGAACAAAUUAAACCUACAGGAAUGGAUAUUGUUAAAAAUGUUUUGGAAAGAGCCGCUAAAGAAGCAGAAAAAAAUGAAUUGAUAUCAGUAGCUAAACCUUUGGAUUUGGAGUAUGAUCUUGGGACAUUAUUGGCCAUAGACACAAAUGAAAUGGAUAGUGAUUUAUUGAGAGACUCAACUGAAGAGUACUUAAAAAAUCUUGCCAGAGAUAAUACUCAGUUACUUGUCAAUCACAUAUGGGAAUUACCAAUUACAAGAAAGGAAAAUGAAAUAGUUGCAAAACUUCCUCCUCCAUCAUUCAGAUUGCCAAGAGAAAAACCAGCCCCAAAACCUAAACCUUUGACAAAGUGGCAGCAGUUUGCUCUUGAGAAAGGUAUUCAGAAGAAGAAAAGACCAAAGGUACAAUGGGAUGAAACUCUGCAGAAAUGGAUUCCUUGGUGGGGAUACAAAAGAACAAAAGCUGAACGGGAGAAGAAUUGGGUGAUUGAAGCCAAGCAAAAUGAAGACCCAAUGGAAGAUCCCUUUGCAAAAAGAACAGAAGCAAAGCAAGAGAGAGUAGCAAAAAAUGAACUUCAAAGAAUGCGAAAUUUGGCCAGGGCUAAUAAUGUGAAAAUCCCAAGGGAAGAUACAUUGGGUGAAGGGAAGAAAGGAAAAAAUAAAAAAGGACAACCAAAAUUGAACAAAAAAGGUGAACCUGUGCCAAGAAUGGGUUUACUUACUCCUGACAAGAUGAAUAGUUCUCAGUUAAAACAAGCAGUGGCUGUGAGUAAAUUUUCAACGGCGUCGGUUGGAAAAUUUCAAUCACGAUUACCCAAAGAAAAAGAACGGAGUGUUGGUGCAUUAUUGCCUAUUGCAAAAAAGCGAAGAGCACCAUUUUUAAAACCAGAGGAGGAGAGAAAAGCGAAUCUAGAUAUUAUUGAUAACAUCCUAAAGAAAAGGCCAAAAUUGGAUUUGGAAAAAGCGGUUAAUAGGCAUAUAAAUCAAGAAGAGAAACAGAGGGCAGAAGAAAAAUCACAGAAACCAAAAGGUAAAGGGCGAGAAAAAGCACGAGGUAAAGGAAAAGGCAACCGCAAAGGAAAAGGAUUAGGAAAAGUUAAAAUGAGUGGUAAAGGAGGCAAAGGAGGUGGGAAGCAAAAGAGAGGUAAAAAGCGUUGAAAUUGUUGUAAAUGUAACUAUAAAUAAAACUUAUUACACGUUUCUCUGUCAAAAAAAAAAAAAAAA